CUUCUAUAGGCGAUGUUCGCGCUGGGCGGUUUCAUAAACAACUACGUGCUGAUGUGUUGUGGUAGAUUUGCCCUUGGUGUAGGAGAGGAGUCCCUCGCAGUCGCACAAAGCACGUUCUCUACCAAGUGGUUCAAAGAGAACGAGCGCAACAUGGUGUUUGGUCUUCUGCUCAGUUUCUCUCGGCUGGCCAGCACAGUAGCUAUGAACGUAAUGCAGCCUUUAUAUAACUUGGUGGAUCAAGUUGUUCAUGGUUACAAAGGGCUAGGCAUAACUCUGUUCUUAGCUGUUGUUGUCUGCAUUGUGUCAGCCUUAUGUGCAGUAAUAUUGUCGUUUUUGGACAAAAGGGCGGACAAAAAAUUAUUCAGAUCCAAAGUUAAAUCAAAUAAAUUGAUAAAACUGAAGGACAUUCUAACGAUACCGGUAAAGGCCUGGAUAACAACAUUUAUUUGUGUCACUUUUUAUGUUGGGGUCAUGCCUUUUAUCAGUCUAGGACUUGUGUUUUUCACCAUGAAAUUUGGACUGACCCCAACAACAGCCAGUACUGUGAACAGUUUGGUGUACAUGAUUUCAGUAGUUGCCUGUCCUGUUCUGGGUUUCUGUAUAGAUAAAACUGGCAAAAAUAUUUUCUGGGUCAUCAGUGGUAUAUCAAUGGCAUUGGUCAGUCACAUGAUGCUGGCUUUUACUUAUGUUAAUCCAUACAUCCCAAUGGUUUUAUUAGGCUUAUCAUAUUCUAUUUUGGCAAGUUCACUUUGGCCUCUCGUAGCUUUUGUUGUACCAAGUAAACAGUUGGGCACAGCUUACGGCAUGUGAGACUCUGCUUUGAUGCGCACUUUCCUAAAUCUUGGAUUAGGUGUUGGUUUUAUAUUAGCCGGGCUGGUUUUGAAUAAAUUUGGUUACCUUAUUUUGGAAAUAUUUUUCCUAGUUUGGAUUUGUUUGAGUUUAAUUGCA